CCUGUUCUUCCUAUCACUCUUUACACAGUGUUGCAUUACUACAGCAUUUUCAUACAAUAAAUUGAAGGGUUUUUUGUUUUUUUUUUAGAUCAGAAAAUUUGUUUGUAAAGAUGCAGAACAUCGGCAGGACAACUGGAAAGCAGGUAUUGUGUCCUGGAGCAGUUUUUAACAUUACUGCCCACUUAUUACUUUUCCCCUUGUAGUCCUUCCAAGCUUGCCUGCUGUACCUGAAGCACUAAAAAUGUGCCAGUAUGAGGGAUUCAGGUUUGAUUCAGAUCUCAGAUCUACUGGUCACACUAACCCCUAUGACUCCAUUAAAGACUGCCAGCCAGAUGCGCAAUGCAGGAACAAACAUGCAGUUUUAAAUGUUUUAUAGGUAAUUUUCAGCUGUUCAGCCAGCCUUAGAUUAUUUAAGUGACUCAAAAUUAAUCAGGAGAAAUAAAAGGGACAACUUAUCUGAAGUGGGUCAUGCUCAUGUCAAGUUUCCUUUGCUUAAAUGGAGUGACACAAACAUCAGCACCACAGGCUUACUGCUAAACUUACACCAUAAAGAAGGAGGAAUCAGGCCCAGAGCAAACUAAUAUCAGCUUUUGAUACAUUCACAAAAUAUUGUAUCAGUAUUUGCUGUUUCCAGUAAAUCAGAUCUAGUUUGGAAACCGAGAGGGCAGGCGGCAAUCUGAAUAAACACGUCUGAAAAAAAAGGGAUUGUUCAGGUUUGGAGGGUCAUUCCCUUCGGUAAAAGUAAACUGACUGCAGUGGAUUGCUCUUCCUGGACCUAACAGUAGGGGCGUGGGAAGCUUUCAGAUGUCACAGGGUUGUCGAUAACAUUUGAACAUAUGAUUAGCUUUCGUGAGCUGUCUUUAGAAACCUUACAUUUCUUCCCCCCCGCACCUUAGCCAGAGAUCCUUCCCUUGAGGUUUUGGGCCACUUAAAAUGUUGCUUUGACAAAAAUCAAGGAUGUGGAGAAGUUUUUCCUGUGUGAUGUCACUUUGUUGCCCUUUAUAAGACUGCAGAAAAGAAGGGAACUUAUCUGAGGAUUCACUCUCCAAACACAGGUGACCAGAAGCAAGCGAGAAGCACAGACUCACAUCAAGUUGCAGAUACCGACCAACUGAAAGGAAGGGUGAGCCAUGCCACAGAGCAGUGCUUACUACCUGCUGCUGGUACUCUGUAGCCUGAAGGCUACCCUUGCCUUUCCCAACUCCUCUCCACUGAUGAAUCCCAGCUGGGGGAAUGAAGAUCGCCUGAUGCACCUCUACACAGAUACAGAGAGGAACAGCUUCCAUCUCCAAAUCAAUGCUGAUGGCUAUGUUGACGGUGCUCCUCACCAAACCAUUUACAGUGCUCUAAUGAUCAAGUCCGAGGGUGCUGGCUCAGUGAUAAUCACAGGCGUGAAGAGUGGACGCUACCUGUGUAUGGACAUGAGAGGAAACAUUUUUGGUUCGCAUUACUUCAGUCAAGACGACUGUGUGUUCAACCACAAGACGCUGGAAAAUGGAUACGAUGUGUACCAAUCUCCCAAACACAACUUCCUGGUUAGCUUAGGCAGAGUUAAACAAGCUUUCCUCCCUGGUGUGAAUCCACCACCAUACUCCCAGUUUUUAUCCAGGAGAAAUGAAAUCCCUCUGUUUCGAUUCAACACACCUGAACCCCACAGAAACACUAGAAGCGCAGAUAUCGACCCAAUGGAUCCUCAUCAGAUCCUGGUCCCACAGAGAAAGAUCUCUCUGUUUGGAUCUCAGCUGCAGCAGCAAACAGAUUUUCCCCACGUGCCCAGAGAACCCAUGAGAAUCAACCAGAACGAUGUGGUCAACCCAGAUGACCCUCACGCUAUGAUGGAUGCCAGGAGGUACGCAAGUCCUCGCUUCUAUAUUACAAAAUAACUGUGGUCCCACUGCUUGCAAAUUGAAGACAUGGGUGAAUAUAAUAGGCAAAAGGAAUUGUCUGGCAUAUUCAGUUUGAAUGUUGAAAUGGCUACUGGAAAUCCUGGGAAGAAAUCCUUAAUUUCAAAUUUUGUACCUAUAAAUGACAGUUUAUGGAAAAAAAAGAGUUGGUCAUUUUCCAGAUGGGGAUGUGCUUUACUGGAAAGAAGAUAAAUUUUUUAAAAGAAGAAUACAAACCGAACAUUUUAGGGUCUGAAUCACGACUGUAAGUGUGCAUCAGCAAAAAUGCUAAUUCACCUGAAUGAAACAAGAAACCAAUAUUAUGCAUGUGAUGUAACUGGGAAGAGCCCUGGAGCAUCUGAGACGCCAACAAAGACAGGGAAUCCCUUAUUAGCACCAUCCCUGGCUGUGCAAACACAGCAGACAAACUGUUAUAUUAUUAUAUAAAAAUUACUAUUUAUGUUUUUUGCUGCUAAGUUGGCUCUUCAGUCUCUUUUUAUGCCCGUAUGAGUAAAAAAGUGAACACUCUGCUGUCAUAGGAGCAGCACACAUGGAAAACGGAAAUAACUGACAGGAAAACAGGACAGGAUCAAAUGGUCUUGUGUAGAAAGAGUAAUUUCUGACACUUACUGAAUCCAAACUGAGGUCUAAGAAAAAAAGAAGAGAGUCUUACUGUCUCUCUAGUGCUUCUCUAUCUCUAUUGACUGAGUUCUACCAUCACAAUAUGGAAACAUAAUGUAGAAACACUAGUUUUGCAUAUUUCCAAGCCAGAGAGAAGUUCCAGGAUCACCACUAAACUUAACUGAUGUAAGGUCUUAGGUGCACAGGACAAGUCAAAUGAUGAGGAUUAGACCAAGGGUUCUGACUCGUAUUUUGAUGUUUUCUCUCCUCUGAACUCAUCAUAGUUUUGAUUGGUCUCAAAAGGAAAGGAGUGAUUCUAAUGAAUUUAGGAGAAUUUCAAGGCAGGCAGGUAGCUGCAUACUUUCCUGCUUACCCAAAUUAAAGCAAGACUUUUUACCUUGCUGUCUAUACAGUGGAGAGGUAUGAUUUCAUUUAUAUAUUCUAGUUUAUUAAUUCAACUUGAUUCCUAUACCAUUCUUCUUGGCUUCUGCUCCUUGAGAACUCUGGACUGCAAUUACAGAAGCAAAGUUUUCAUUCUGCUUAAACUGCCAUAAGUAAGUCCACAGAGCUGUCCAGGAUCCAAGUCAACAGACCUACAGCAAUUUUAAUUGUGAAGAGUUCUUUCUUGAUCUAUAUCAAACUUUGAUGAGAAAUGUUGGUGGGGUUAAAUCUCUGUACCAACUCUAUAGUCUAUAUAUUCUCUAUAUAUUCUGUACAUUAGAAC